AUAAUCGAGUCAAUAUCACCACUAAAUCGUUCACAACUUUCCCUAUUUUUUUUUUUUCAAAUCAUAAAUCUAUGGUUUAGACCUUUAUUACACAACGAGAGCCGACUAUUUUGCUAAGACUUCUUGUCUUCUUGUACAGUCCAUUCCUCUAACCCAGCACCAGUUUCGGCCUCCGAGUUCAAACCAAUACAGGAACCCUCGUCAAUUCUUGCCGGUGGGAUCGACGGUCGUUCCACUAUAUUGUUCCGCGUGUUCAUAUCUAGUAGUUCUACUCUUGAAGGCCUCCAUCGAUUUUUUGAUUCGGGCUUGCACUCGACUACGUACCGUGCAUGUAUUGGUUCUCGUGUCCACGUAAAUAGUACUCUUGACUGUCCUAUGUAUCUCCUUCAGUUUCAGUUUGUUUCAACUAAUCCACCCAGGCGCACCAAUUGACACUUUUUAAGCGUGUUCUAAUACCUUAUUUGAAUAAUUCUACAGUGUCCACCAAGAAACACAUGGGAACUCGUGCUCAAAGAAUUGAAAACCAUGCGUGAAAGGAAGACAAAAUUCUGAGUUAUUCAACUAGGCAAGAGAUCGAACAGAUUGGAAUAAGGUCAAAACAAUUUAUAUAUAAUGUUCUUCUUCAAGUAUUGGCCAGUGGUUGUUAUACCAAUACUUUACGUUGGUUUUUAUAUAAGUCUGAUCUACAUAAAAGGAGACAUUGUGUAUCGACCUUACGAGGAUUGCAAUUGUAUGAAAGAGGCAGCGGAAAAGAACCCAAAAAGUGGCCAACAAAAGCGACCUGACCAACAUUUAAUGGAAGAAAUCAAUGAGAGGAAUAAACGCUUCUUCAAGUAUAAAUCUCAGAUUGAGCAGCAAUCCAGCCAUGAUUACCCAAUGACCAAUGAAGAGAACUCCCAAUUGAAGAGAUCAAUUCAUGAUCCAAAUUCUAACCCAAUGGAACAAUUCUUGGUCAUGUCUCAAGAGGGCCAGAAUACAGGUGAAAGAUUGUACAGCGCUUUCAAGAUGCCUUACCUAUCGUUGGAUCAUCAAACGGAAAACCACAGUUCUGUGAUGAGACGUAACUGCCUCAAGUGGAGCUUAGUGUCAGGAAUAAUAAGCUGCACCCGAUGGAGAGAGCCUGAACUCGUGUACCACGUGAUCCCAACCCCUCCAUUUGGGUUUCUAUGA